AUGGAGUCGGACAUCGCGUGGCUGCAACCGGAGCAGGAGGGGCCCGCCGGCGACCUGUUCGGCCGCAUCUGGCGGCGCCAGCAGGAGCUGGAGCGACUGCAGCUGUCGAGCCGGCUGCGCAGCGUGCCGGACCUAAUCGACCAGCACCUGCCGCACGACCGCUCGUGCACGGUCGACUUCAACGAGCGGCGCGCAGAGCUGGUGGGCCAGCACGGCGGCUGUCCGUGGCUGAUGCCCGGCCGUCUGUACAGCGCCGGUGUGCUCGGCGACAUCGACAUCGUCGUGAUGGGGAACUGGGAUAAGUGUCUGGAGAUGCUUAAGGACGCCCUGAUUCGCGCCGAGAUUUGCGACGCCGGCUCCAUCAAAGUGCUGGACAAGGCUGCGGUGCCGAUCAUCAAGCUGACCGAUCGGCGCACAGAGGUCAAGGUCGACAUCAGCUUCAACAUGACCAACGGCCUGGUGUCGGCUAACCAGAUCAAGCAGUACAUGACGGAGUACCCGGACAUGCCGAAGCUGGUGAUCGCGCUCAAGCAGUUCCUGUUGCAGCGUGAGCUGAAUGAGGUUUUUACCGGCGGUAUCAGCUCCUACAGUCUCAUCUUAAUGACGGUCGGCUUUCUCCAGACGUACGAGACGGAUCUGGACUCGUUUCCCGGCUGCAAGUUGGGAAUCCUUCUCAUCGAGUUCUUCGAGAUGUACGGCCUGAAGUUCAACUACCUGAAGACCUGCAUCAAAGUGAAAGACCACGGCUAUGCUCCCCGGAGCCAGGUGGAGGAGCAGUUCGCCGCGCACUCGGUGCACAACUCGCCGCUGUGCAUCGAAGACCCGCACAACGCCGGCAACGACAUCGGCCGCUCCUCUUACAACAUGAUGAAGGUCAAGGAGGCCUUCAAGUACGCGUACCAGCGGCUCUCCAGCGCCGUGCUCAGUCCGGGCUCCGCGUGCGACCCCAAUCGGACCAGUCUGCUCGGCCGGGUCAUCCGGGUCACGGACCAGGUGGUGGAGUACCGGCGCGGCAUCCGCGAGUCGUUUUCGACGCCGCACCGGGCCGCUAGCUACAGCCCUCACUCUUCGUCGUCACCACUCUCCUCCUGCGCGUCGGACGCCUCGGUGAGCGGCGCCGGUCCACCGGGCCGCGCGCUCGGUCGCCGGGCCCGCGCUGCGACGGACAUGGAGGACUAG